CCAAAGGUUGCCUUCCCUCGCAGAGCACAGCCUAAGAUGGUAACACGGACUAAGAAAAUAUUUGUAGGCGGCUUGUCUGUGAACACCACCGUGGAAGAUGUAAAACAAUACUUCGAGCAGUUUGGGAAGGUGGACGAUGCCAUGCUGAUGUUUGACAAGACAACUAACCGGCAUCGAGGGUUUGGGUUUGUCACCUUUGAAAGCGAAGACAUCGUGGAGAAAGUCUGCGAGAUUCACUUCCAUGAGAUCAACAACAAAAUGGUGGAAUGUAAAAAAGCUCAGCCAAAGGAAGUGAUGUCGCCCACUGGCUCGGCGAGGGGACGCUCCCGAGUGAUGCCCUACGGAAUGGACGCCUUCAUGCUGGGCAUUGGCAUGUUGGGGUACCCAGGUUUCCAGGCAGCCACCUACACAAGCCGGAGCUACACCAGCAUUGCACCUGGGUAUACCUACCAGUUUCCUGAAUUCCGGGUAGAGCGGACCCCCCUCCCGAGUGCCCCUGUUCUCCCUGAGCUCACAGCCAUACCCCUCACUGCUUAUGGACCAAUGGCGGCAGCGGCGGCGGCGGCCGUGGUACGAGGGACAGGUUCCACCCCCAGCCGCACUGGCGGCUUCCUGGGCACCACCAGCCCCGGGCCGAUGGCUGAGCUUUAUGGAGCAGCCAAUCAGGAUUCAGGAGUCAGCAGUUACAUCAGUGCGGCGAGUCCCGCCCCCAGUACCGGCUUCGGCCACAGCCUAGGGGGGCCUUUGAUUGCAACGGCAUUUACUAACGGUUACCAUUGA